UCUUCCCCUCCUAUGGUAUGUCCCACGAAACUUAGCAUCGUCCCCGCCGUCUUUGACAAGCGACAAAAAGGGGCCAAUUUCCUAUAUGUCCGUGGGCCUUUCUCUUUUGGAAAGGGGGAAUCACCCCAGUCGACUUCUUCCCCGCCACGGUCCCUUCAGAAAGAAGUGACCUUGGCACCCUAACUUCCUAGAAGGGAAUGAGAGGGUGUGGCAUUGGCAGCUGAGAGAGGGCGAACGUACGAAGGGAGAAGAGGAGGGGGAGGAGGACAUGAGAAUGAGAAGUAUCAGUAUUCUGCUUCUUCAUCUGUCUCAGCCUUCUCAUGCUGUCUUUCUGCCCCCUUUGGGCGCUACUCACGGUUGCUUUUUUGAUCGAGAAAAGAAGAGGAAACCAAGGAAGGGGCUGACCCAGGCCGAGGAAUAUAUCCUGCGUGCAGCAGCCAGAGAUCCGCGCCGCGCGCACCACGGACGGACAAACAGAGGCGAAGCGGAGAGGAAGCAAUGGGUCGGAACGGCAGGGACAGCCAUGGCAGCGAGAACAGGUGGGGUGUGACCAUGAACGAGGACCCGAGGAUGCUGCAUACGAUCGGCUCAAGCGAAGAAGGGCGGGAGCAAUGCUGAGUCAAGCACAGGAGGAACGAGCAACGUACGCAUGAGAAGCAUCGGAGCAACUUUGCCGCGGCGACUGGCUCCUUCGCCCACAGGAACACCUUUGCCCUCGGGUCCUCAGGUCCGAAAAUCGUCCAGUCAGGAACAAGAGGGCGUACGGAGUACGCCUCGUGAGAACCUUGGCUGACCAGGGCGAGGACGACACAAGCCCCUGGCGGCUGCUUCGAUUGAGGUCAUUGUCGAUCGUCCUUUGUGGCAGGCAUAUAAGGGGGUCCCAUCCAGCG